GUUUUUGAUCAGAAGCCAUGCCGGUCGCUGUGCUGUUUGUCGUGCUGCUGCUGAGCUGCGAGGUUGCAGCUUCAGAGGAUUUCUCCAUUCAGCCCGGGAUCGGAGAAUUACCCAGACCGGAAAACUCUCUACAGGCCAACCCCUCUGAGGAGACGCCCAGACUGGAUCCACUCCCUGAUCCAGAGGGUGUAGAUGCCACAUCUGGAGUAAAACACAUCACUGAGACUUUAGGCUCAACAGACAGAGACAACGACGGACAAACAGCUGUGAGUACAGAUGUGAAUCAAGCUGGAGGUCCUUCCUCUCUGACUGGAAAUGAGCAGCUUUCUAAAGUGGACCCUGAGACGAUAAAGCAACCACAGAGCACAGAGGGAAGUAACAUAACCACGACCUUCUCUGACCAAACACAACACACUGAGGAAGAGCAGAAUGAAAACUCCAGAACAAGUGAUUUAGAAAGUGUUGAGACGAGCCUUAACCUUCACGCUGAGACCCCCACAGCUUCAGGGGAGGCAGAGUCAGAGAUAUCUUCCUAUAAAGAACCACAAUUUGCCACCAGAUCUACUCUCAUCUCAAGGCCCAUCACAGAUUCAGAGUGUGCUACCUCCAGUGUGUACCCUGCAUCUGAAGGAGGUGCAAAGGAGGCGAGACAGGAGGCGAGACAGGAGGCGUCACCACUUGUUUUUAUACCUACAAUGUCGGUAGAAGAAAAUACAGAAAAGGACUUUCCUGCGAAUCAGAAAGAUCCAGCCCCAAACCGUGCUGUUUUAUCUCCUAGUGGAAAGGCACUACAUGCCAGGGACAUGGAGGAGGAGAGGGGUAAUGUUUCACACGGUGAGAUUAAGGAGGACAUAAGGAACAGGUUGCUAAGUGUUUCACCCAACACAGAAACACAUCUUCCAGGUGGGGAUCAGGGGAGUGGGCUGGAGACAGAUGUGAUCGAUGUAAAGCAGGAAGAGGAAGUGCAAGAGAUGGAAAAAGGAAGUUCUGAUAAUGACGCUGACAUUUCAGAGGAUUAUAAUCAAUCCUCACCUGAUCAGAUCUCCCAAGACUCCUUCGUCCAAUCACAGACUGAAUCUCCACUGCAGAGUGAUAAAUCAGCCAAUCAGCCGGCUGCAGACACAGCCAGACGUCACGGACCUCAGAUGGGGUUGCAGGGUCCACCUGGGCUAACGGGACCACCCGGGCUUAAAGGAGACAAAGGUUAUUCAGGCGUUAUGGGCAGGACCGGGCGGACAGGAAAUCAGGGUCCCAUUGGUCCUCCUGGGAUGCCGGCCAUUGUUGUUUUUAAAAACUCUGAAGAAGAGUGGGAGGAUUUUAAGAAAGAGAAGAUCUACAAAAAGCUGGUCUCCUCCUGGCCGAAACGUAAGGGGCCUCCGGGGCCUCCUGGACCUCUUGGACAUGAAGGACCAAUUGGGCGGCCUGGAAGUGACGGGAAGCAAGGACGAAAAGGAGUUGAAGGGAAAAUCGGCAGUCCUGGACCACAGGGGGUCCCUGAUCCUCAGGGCCGACCUGGAAGAGAAGGGACCUCAGGAAACCCUUCUGCCCCGGGACAUCCAGGCCCACCUGGAGAACAGGGUCCCCAGGGCUACAGAGGAGAGAGGGGCAGCAAAGGGGAGCUGGGUGAGUGGGGUUAUCAUGGGGAGGCUGGACCACAGGGACACAGAGAACGUAAAGGAGACAAGGGAAAUAAAGGAGUCAGAGGCAUCAUCGGUAUCCCUGGUUACAUCGGUAUUCCCGGAGCCAGGGGUCCUGCUGGAUUUCUGGGACCAUCAGGAGUUACGGGAGGGAUCGGAGCUCAAGGCUUUGGGGGACCACCUGGCCCACCUGGACAAAUGGGUCCCAGAGGAAUAAAAGGCAUGUUGGGCUUCAAAGGACCUCCGGGUCAUCAGGGUGAUCUGGGUCCCAGAGGAGCAGCUGGACCUAAGGGAGAGUCUGGUCCUGAUGGAGCGGUCGGGCCUCCCAGCGUCCGUGGCCCUCAGGGAAAACCAGGACCAGACGGCCCUCCUGGUCCCAAAGGAGACGCUGGAGAUACAGGAGAUGAAGGAGACAUCGGAGAACCUGGACCACCUGGACUUUAUGGAGCCAAUGGGAAUCCAGGAAGGUCUGGACCCUCAGGUGAUCCCGGCACUAAAGCAAAGCGAGGUUACAGAGGUGAUCGGGGUUUUAAUGGAGACCCGGGACCUCCAGGGCCUCCAGGUAAACGAGGACUAAAGGGGCGCCGAGGCCCCUCAGAUCUCGAGGGAGUUGGAGGACCUCCGGGGCCACCGGGACUUUCUGGGUCUCCUGGCCUUGAAGGCAUCAUGGGAGAGCAGGGGAAGCAGGGGAAAGACGGACUGAAGGGAGAUCGAGGGCCAAUCGGUGUUCAAGGAGUGUCUGGACCCCGAGGCGACAAGGGUCGGGAAGGUCGAGAAGGAUUUUCUGGAUUCCCAGGUCCCAUUGGAGAGAUGGGAAAAUCUGGAGAGGGAGGACGUGAAGGAGAGCCUGGUAUUAAGGGAAAGCUGGGCAUCUCCGGUGUGACUGGACCUAAAGGCUUAAAGGGAUUCCGUGGUAAUUUUGGAAACAGAGGACAGGACGGACCUUCUGGAGUUCUGGGAGCCAUCGGUGCAGAUGGACUGAGCGGAGACGCUGGACCUCCAGGACCAAGAGGAUCACCUGGGAAGACAGGAGCUCCUGGCCUUCAAGGACCUGUAGGGAACAAUGGAGGAGCUGGCAGCAGAGGAACGAAGGGGACCGCGGGAAAGCUAGGAGGGAGAGGGGUGAAAGGUAAAGACGGACCUGCAGGGCUUCCAGGAAGUGAAGGCUUAAAGGGAAGAGGCAAGGAGGGACCAACGGGGAAACCAGGCCGCCCAGGUGAGACGGGCAUGUCGGGACCUCGGGGAUACGGAGGACCUGCUGGUAUCCAGGGUAACAUUGGACCAUGGGGGGGGGUUGGGCCCCGCGGAUCCUCUGGUGAUCGGGGGCCACGAGCUCCAGUUGGUCUGCCUGGAGUAACAGGUUACCCAGGUAAAGAUGGGCCUCAGGGAUCAGCCGGAUCUUCAGGUGUCAAAGGAGACAAGGGAUCUGAAGGGGUUUUGGGGCCGGAGGGAGUUGCUGGUCUCGAUGGUGAGGAGGGUCCAAUGGGAAUAAAGAGACCUGUGGGGCCAGCUGGACUAAAAGGCGUAUCUGGGGAUAAGGGAAACUCUGGACCUCCUGGACAGAAAGGGCCAAAGGGAGAUGAAGGGGAAAGAGGCAACCGAGGGCCACAGCGAGGAAAAGGGCCCCCAGGGAAACAGGGAUCUCGGGGGUCACUUGGGGUCAAAGGAAGAGCCGGAGUGUCGGGACUGAAGGGUGAGCUCGGGACCAGAGGUUCUUUAGGGAGACCCGGUCAGUUCGGACCGGGAGGAAACUCGGGGUCAGCGGGGGUCAAAGGCCAGAAGGGGCUCCGGGGACACAAUGGUCCACCUGGCAGAUCAGGCCCCCCUGGAAGAAUUGGACCAUCGACACCAGGUUUGCCCGGCAACAGAGGAGAGGGUGGAAAGAGUGGAAACCCUGGAGCAAAGGGCAGUCACGGUGGGACGGGGAGGCCCGGUGUUCACGGCUUCAGAGGAGACAUGGGCGUUAGAGGUCAUAAAGGGGCAAAUGGAGAGCCUGGUACGAGAGGAAAAAUGGGGACGUUGGGGAAGAGGGGGUUCGUUGGCUCUGCAGGAGCUAAAGGGUCAUCUGGAGCUGCUGGUCCUCCAGGUGGGCCGGGGUCUAAAGGAGUUCAGGGGCUGAAGGGGAAAAGAGCCCAGGCUGGAAGGAAAGGAAACAGAGGAGCUGCUGGGAAAAAAGGGGGUGAAGGUCCACGAGGAAGACCAGGUUCUGCUGGAGCGCCUGGAAAACCCGGCCUCAGUGGUCUGGAUGGGUUACUCGGGGUUGAAGGAAAUCCUGGAGAUCCAGGUGAUGUAGGUUUCAGAGGAGCUCCUGCGAAACCUGGCAGCACUGGCAAAAUGGGAAACCCUGGAUCUCCUGGGGUCAGAGGAAGCAGUGGAGCACCAGGGUUUAAGGGUAAAUCUGGAUUAAAAGGAAAACAAGGACCACCUGGACCAAUGGGGCCAAAGGGUCUUCCAGGACUGAGAGGAGAGAAGGGAGAGUCUUCAAUCUCUGGUCUGAAGGGUCUCCCAGGUGAAAUGGGAAUAUUUGGACUAGUCGGGCCAUCUGGGCUAAAGGGGAAUCCUGGUCUGCAGGGGCUGAAGGGUCGAACAGGCCUUAAAGGAAAGCAGGGAGAGGCCGGUCCUCGGGGUCCACACGGGCGUAAAGGCAUCCUCGGACUCGCUGGCCAGCUUGGGAAGAAGGGAAUGAAAGGAGUCGAAGGAGGGAGAGGACCAAAGGGAGUGAGAGGCAAGCCAGGACCUCCAGGGAAGCCAGGAGCACCGGGCAUCAAACGCAGGCCUUCACAAAGACGGGGAUCAAAGCCUGAACUCAGACCGCUUCGUCAGAGACCCAAAACAGCACGCAUUAAAAGAUUCAAACCUGAAAACAUGCCGCGGUUCAGACUAACACCGGCCCUCCUGAAGGUACACAGAUCGUGGGUUCAAGUGUCCCUCUCAGAUAAACUUUAUCUACACCAUGUCCCUGAUUUGUUUUGUGUCACGGCUUCUGUCCACAUAAUGCGUAGCAGUUCAGUCAGACAACUCACGUGUUUCUUGAUAUGUUAGAACAAUCUCCCUGUUCCCCGGCUUGAGCUUGAACCUCAGGAUCCAUGUAUCUGUGAUCCUCUCCAGAAUGGAAGGAGUCAUCACAUACAGAGCAUCAACUAGUUCCUGAACAGUGUCCUUCACAUGCUGAUAUCCAAGAGAGGGAGUUACACAGUCACAAGAUGGAGGAAUAGAAAGCAGUAUUCAAUGUUUACUUCAGAUUAGCUCCACGUCAGAAAUGAGCAUGCUUGAUGUCUCUCUCCAUAGAGGCUGAAUCAUCAUGUUAAUCACAGAGCUAUCAUCUGCCUCAAACAGUCCUGAUGCUCUUCUGGGUAAUCACACAUCCUGUCAUGUUCACAGCUACAGUUGAUACCUUUGUUAGCAUGCU